AUGGUCAGGCGGUCACCAAGUGGAAUCCGACGCGUGGACUUCACCAAGUUUCACGACGUCCAGCCUGUCCCAGCUACUCUUCGCCGCCCCCACUUCCUCCCCCACGCUCCCUCCUGGGAAAAUCUCCGCAACCUCUCCUCCCUCUCCUCUCUCCCCGGCGUUCUCCGCCACCCCACUGCUGUCUCAACCGACAAAUCAGGUGCCAUUAUGGGCCGAAGGGAUGCCCCUCACCCCUUCCCAGGCCCUGCUGACUCUGCUUCUGCCUCUCAAGCUUCACUGGCUUAUCCACCCGUGAUUUCCGCUGCUGGUGGUGGUAGUGGUGGUGACCCUGCUCCUGUUGCAGCUGACACGAUUCGAAAGAACUCAAGCUUCAUGAACAUCCUUUCUCUUGGAUUUGGGCCUGGCGGAGGAGCAGGCGCAGGAACAGAUGAAGGGUCAAGAGGAACAGUAGCAGCAGGGAGAGGGAGUUUACCAGCCGCUGGGAACACGGCUAGUGAUGUGGUCCGUGGAGGCAGUGUGUAUGCAAGCACAUCUGGUGUUGCUGCUGAAGACUGGGGAAGAGUCCGUGAAUGCAGAGCUGCAAGUGACUCUGCAGCUGUUGGGGAAGGAGCAGGAGGAGGGCUAAGGGGGACAUGGUCCAUGGAAGCAACAGCAGAGGCUGCAGUGAGUGGAGCUGUGGUUUUAGCUCCUGUAGCAGUCGCAGCCACAUCAACAGCAGUCAUAGCAGGAGGUGGAGAUGCAGCAGUCACGGUAGGAACAGCUGCAGGAUCAGCGUCACAAGCUCCUGCGUUUGAAGGGAGGAAGCAGAUGAGGCGUAUGGUUAGACGGGGGAGCGCAGAGAGAUGGGACCGGAUUGGUGGUGGGAUGACAACGGAACAAGGGCGACUUAGCAGGCGUGUAUCAUUUGAGGUAUCACCUGUCGCUGAAUUGAUUGGUGAGGGAGGGGCACAGCGAGGGGCUGAGCUGACAGCAGGGAGGGAAUGUGCGAGUCCAACUGCAGCAGUGCUGGAUGGGGGGGGGUCUACAAGGCAUGAAGGCUGCAAGGAAUUUACUCAAACUGCAGACAGGCAAGAAAUGGAGGAAAUGGGUGUUGAAAUUCCCAACAAGAAGGGGCGGAGGGAGCAGAGGGAUUCAGGUGGAAGGAGGCAUGGGAGGGCCUUCAAUGAACCACCCAUUCCUGUUCCCAGCAGCAAACGAAACAGUGCCUCUAGCAGCAGCAGCAUGAGAGGAGGCAUUAGAAUUGGUGGCAGGAGGAGCAGUGGUGCAAGCAAGCAGGAGAAAACGUCUCCUAUUUCUCUGGUCCUCGCUUGUCAGAUUGCUGUGGCAGAGAAGAGGGAGCAGCAGUGGCGAUCACUUGUUGUGGACCUUGCCAUCAAGGUGCAGAGCAGCAAAGCACUCCAUGCGCCUGAUGUUGAUUGUCAUCCACUCCUCAAUAGAGCCAAGGAGUUUCUAGAAAAAGCCGCUGAAGAAGAUGAAGGUUCUUCUGACUAG